AUGAAAAUCAAAGCGCUCACGCGGUCGCUGGACAACCAUGCGCCUGCGCGCCUUGGCGAUGCGGCGCCAGUGCAACGCAACCUUGAUCCGAAUAUGCACCCAUUCGAGAAGCCGCGUGAGUACACGCGUGCGAUGAACGCCGCCAAGCUCGACCGGCUGUUCGCCAAGCCGUUUGUGGCGGCGCUCGACGGACAUAUCGACGGCAUCUACUCGCUGGCGCGGCAUCCGAAGCGCCUGGAUGUGAUGGCGAGUGGCAGUGGCGAUGGCGAAAUCCGCCUGUGGGACCUGAACCACCACCGCUGCGUCUAUACGUACAACCGCGCGCACGCCGGCAUUAUCCAGUCGCUGUGCAUCUCGCCGCUGACGUUUAACGGCGGUGCAUCUGCGAACGACACGCCCGGCGGCAAGCGCAUGCUCUCCUGCUCGGUCGACCGCACGAUCAAGGUGUGGAAUGCGGACCCGAUGCCGGACGGCGUCGGCCAGUUCUCCGAGUAUACCAUGGACGAGGAAGAGAGCGACGACGAGGUGUCUGGCGCGCGCGAUGCGAACCUCUUUAGCAUCCAGCCCAAGGCGCUGCCCCCGAGCGAGCCGCUGACCGUGUACAACGGCAAGACGGCGUUCAACUCGCUGUCGCACCACGCGCAUCUGCCGCGCUUUGCCUCCGCCUCGAGCACUGUGCAGGUCUGGGACAUGAACCGCGGCGGCGGCUCGGAUGCGCUCUCGACGAUGGCGAUGGGCACCGACGGCGUGAACGUCGUGCGCUUCAACCCGAGCGAGACCGAAGUCUUGGCCAGCGCGGGCAACGACCGUGGCGUGACGCUGUACGACCUGCGCAGCAACAAGCCGCUCACCAAGGUCGUGCUCCAGCACCGCACCAACGACAUUGCCUGGUCGCCGCUCGAGCCGACGACGUUUGCACUCGCGAGCGAGGACCACAACAUGUACACCUUUGACAUGCGCAACCUCUCGUCCGCGACGCAGAUCUACAAGGGGCACGUCGGCGCGGUGAUGAGCGUCGACUACGCACCAACCGGCCAGGAGCUCGUCACCGGCUCAUACGACCGCACAGUCCGCCUGUGGGACGUCGGCAAGGGCGCACGCUCGCGCGAUAUUUACCACACCAAGCGCAUGCAGAAAGUGUUUGCGGUUUCCUACUCGCUCGAUGCGCGGUUUAUGCUCAGCGGUUCGGACGACGGCAACCUGCGCCUGUGGAAGGCGCACGCCAGCGACAAGCUCGGCAUCGUCUCUGCGCGCGAGCGCGCGAGCCGCGAUUAUGCCCAGGCGCUGCGCAAGCGCUGGGGCACGGUGGGCGACGUGGCCAAGAUCGAGCGCCAGCGCCACGUCCCGAAGCCGAUCCGCAGCGCACAGAAGCUGCAGCACACUAUGGAAGAGGCGCGGCGCGUCAAGGAAGACCGCCGCAGGAAGCAUACCAAGAGCGGCGCCAAGAAGCCCAAAGCCGCGCGGAAAUCCGUCAUUGUCCAGGAGAAAUCGUAG